AAACUACCAAAACCACCAAACUACAGCAAUAUACUCAAGCCAUACGUCGAUUUAGCCACUGCUGGCUAACAUCCCAUGUCUCACUGCUUCGAUCGCGGCGAUUUCUCCGCGGUUGAUCGACACUCUCGCGCGUUAAAACGGCCGGUGGCACGGCCUCUUCCGGAAAAGAAAUCUGAUUGCGGCAUCUGCCACCUUUCACCCUCGACUCGACCGCCAUUGUGGCUGGAUGGCUUGCUCGCCCGUGUGUCAUUGGCCAGAGCUAUCGAGGGGAUUCGCUAGCCUGGCUGCAUGAUAACCAAGCUUGGAGCUUUAUCGCGCCAUGCAGUCAGUCAUCCCCGCGCCGAGCCUUAAUCGCCUCCGACUCGGCCCGUCCAUGAUCUCCUUGUGGAUGAACAUCCAGCCAGGCUCGACUGUUCCAACGGUGGCUGCCCGAUCCUCGUCGUCUUCGCCAUGCCCGGCUUGUACCAUGACUCGCUCUGUUGCUUUGGCUCCCUGUCACGUCAUUGUACUGCUACAUACCUCAUAACCUCCUAGGCAAGCCUCCUUGCGGAAGGAUUUACUUACCACUGCGGUGCGGUGAGGGCUGUCUGUCACCUUUCCUGGAAUGUGACAGCCAGCUUGGUGACCAAGAAGCUAACUCCCCGUUGCGUUGCUAGUGUGCAUCCUCUACUUCCUCUACACCUUCCGGCCCUGCUCUCUACUUGUCCCAUGCCGUCUUUCUGUUCAUUUAAGCCGAGCUCACCCCGCCAUCUCUCUCUCUGCCUUGGCCCUUCUGUCCGUCUCCUGUCAAGCUGAUCACCGCCAGCAAAGCUCCUCACCGCCGCCGCGAACCUGUCUGUUGCGACCAGUUUUCAAUAUGGGCGCCUUAUCGUUGGUCCUGUUAAUGGGCGCUCUGCUCUCGACGUCGUCAGCCCAGUCAUCCAACCCUUCGGUAUGGGCAUCCGUCGCCAUGAUCAUGCACGGCGAGCGCACGCCUCUGCGCAGUGAGCUUCAGAACACCCUGACGCCCCGGGGCGCGCAGCAGAUGUAUGCCCAGGGCAGUGCCUUCAGAGCGCGAUACCUGGCCAGCGGGACGCCGACGAACAUCUCCGAGGGCCGGAUUACUUCCCGUGCGGCCAUCAGGGAUGUCGCGCGCAACGUCAUCGAGCACGAGCAGCUCUCCAUCUUUUCGGUUCCCGAUGCUCAUGUCGUUGCUGGCGCGACCGCCUUCAUGCAAGGCCUGUAUCCGCCCAUCACGCAAGCUUUUGCCCCGGAAACCGGCGGGACCAACAUUUCCUUGUCGACCUUGUCAGGUAACUUGACGCAGUACCCGUUGGGCGGCUAUCAAUAUCCUGUGAUUGAGACCCUGGGGGUCUUGGACGAGAGGUCUGUUUACAUCCGAGGCAACACGGAGUGCCCGCAAUGGAGGAUCUCGACAACAACCGUCAUGCAGCUGGACCCCUACAUGCGAAAGCUUUACGAAGCCUCCCUUCCGGGGUACCAUUUGUUGUUUAGCACCCCACCUCUAAAUGACGGCACGAUCUCUCUCUCCAACGCGAAUUUUUGGGAUGCCUAUAACCUCUACGAAUACGUCCGCUACCGCUACACGCACGAGCAGGCCAUUUACGACGCCAUGAAAGACGACUACGCACAGCAAAGCCAGUUCCUGAUGAUGUACGCCAGGCAGCAGCAGCUCAACAUGACGUCCAACAAGGUGGUAUCUGGCUUGAAGAAGGGCGACAUGAUCAGAACCAUCGCCGGCAGGACCUUUGCUCGGAAGGUCGUCGAUGCCCUCGAGGCCAACGGCAACUACGGCGGCUACUCCAACAAGAUGACUAUCAUGUUCAGCUCCCACGAGCCCUUCAUGGCCUUCUUCGCCCUCGCCCAGCUCCAACAACAGUACCAGACUCUGCUGACACCCUUCUGGGAUAUCCCCGAGAACGGCGCUGCCAUGGUGUUUGAGCUCAUUGGCGACCAGCCCAACGAGCCGAAUACAUACCCGACAGAGGACAACCUCUACGUCCGCUUCCUCUACAGGGAAAACGCCAACCCUAACACGUCAUUCGAGGAGUACUCGCUCUUCGGGCUCUCCGACGCCGACACCCGCAUGACAUACAGCUACUUCAAACAGGAGAUGCUCAAGUUCGGCGUCGACGUCUCGACGUGGUGCAGCAUCUGCGGCUCGGUGGAGUCGUUCUGCGACUGGGAGAGCCACACCACCACUACGACCAGGCCCACCGUCGGCGAGGCCAUCCGCUCGGACGCGCAGAAGCCCGUCGUCGCGGGCAUCAUCGGCGCCGUUAUCGUCCUAGCCGCUCUCGGCGUCCUCUUCGUCAUGGCGGCCGUUCUUGGAGGUUUCCGUAUUCAUCGAAAGAGGUCGGUGACCGAGCCCGAGCCUAGAGACAAAGACGGCCGCGUCGCCGGGUUCGGCGGGUUCAAGGCUGCCGAGAAGAUGGCCAGCGACCCGGACUUGACGGUGUCGAAGCGCGGGGUACACCAUGAGCGCCAGGGCAGCUGGGAGCUGCAUAGCGGGCGGGAUGUUACCGCUAGCCAGGCCGGCAUCGUCGUGGGCAAAGCUUCGUCGACUUUCCGAGGCAGAUCGAUGGACGAUGAUGAUGCUGUUAGUGUGAUUGGGGCUUCUCCGGUGAAGCCCAGGGAAGGGGUUUGAGUGGAAGCAUGGGCGGGAUUAUGGUUGUAAAUGGGUUGGAUAUUUUCGACUUCUGGCCCUCUUUUAUGAUACCCUUUGAUAUUUUAUACGCCUUCCGUUCGCUUUCUUUUCUUUAUGGACUUUGAGAUGGAGGGACCGAUGGAACCGGGAAAGUUACUGGCGACUAAGACAUUUCAUCAUAAGCCCAUUUUACUUGGCAAAUAAGUAGUCUAUAUGGAAAGAAUUCCAC